AUGCAAUCAUGCGUUGAUCAACUACUGGGAGGGGAUAACUCGGUGCUUCCGCAAAUACUGCGCGGUGUGAGGGAGCUGCAGCCCCUCGCCUCCCCCGCUUCUUCUUCGCUGGCUCCGUGGGAGAAGGACCUCUACCGGCACCUCGUCCGUCUUCUCCUGGUCGCGGGCAAGUGCACACGACGUGACACACACGACACCGCGCCAGGCUUGACACUUGAACACGGUGUGCUGGCCCAACUCAUCCUCUGCGCCGCCAUGUUGCGCGGAGGGAGUACCGCCGACGAGGCCUGCCGCGUCCUGCACGACGUGGGUGUUAGCGGCUGCCGCGAGAUGCGUCUUGAUCGCUACCUCGAUGCCUCAGCGGAGAUGUUGCCACACAUCUUGCCGUUUAUCUCCGUUUUGACGAAACUCUUCCACGUUCCUGCGUCGGAUAUUUUGCCUCAGCGCGAGAGCGUCCAACGCGCGGGCCGCGCCCAGACAUCCUCGUCAGCACCAACUGCGCAGCCUGGGCUGGCGGGCGCCAACCACCCACGGUCAUUGGCGGGUGGGGAAGAGCACAGCAAUGCCCGCCAGCGUCGUUGGCGCGACUUGCCGGAGCAGCCAUCGUUUGUGCCGUUUCGCCAAAAUCCACUGUAUAACGCCAGUGAGAAGAAUUUGUGGAUGCUGCCGCAGUUCCCUACCCCUGUUCUUGCCUUUGCACAGAAGUUUGGUAUUGGCUGUGACCCGAAGUUGCCCGAGUUGGGCGUUCGUCUGGCCCCCGCCGCGUUGCUGGGCCAAGAGGCUCCUGAGGCGCCGCGUCUCUCGGUUCAUUCCACCCUUCCGAUUGCCUCUCGUCGUUUCUUGGAGGCCAGAAACUAUGAGAAGCAGUGGGAGCCGUUGUUUUCACGGUAUCUCUCCAAAGGAUUGUUGCUCAAGUGGGGCACCGUGCUUGUCUCGCGGGGCCGCACGAGCUCGACAACAAGCGUGAACCCCGAGCGUACUUCAACGGCCUCUGAUGUGGUCUUUUCACCACCCAUUGCCUUGGUGCCUCCCAUUCCGGUGGUUGCUAUGAGCUGUGGCGCGAAUUCCUAUUACGUGGUGACGCUGGACAAUAAGCUCUACGCCGGUGGGAGCAAUGAGCAUGGACAAAUAGGGUGUGACCGGUCCAAGGAUGUCCCCGUUCUCUUUCCGCAUGUUCACGGUGACGGCCGGCAACGCUUCUACUCUGUGCCAAUUCGUCCAGGGGACCAAAUUGGAAGAAUUGAGGCUGGGUCGGACUUUGUUCUGAUGAUUGUUUUUGAAACAAGUCGGAUGUACAUUUGGGGGCGGAAUGAUUGUGGCCAGUGCUUACUACCAACCCCGAGUAUGCUCCCGAGUCCAGUCACAAUGGAUUUUCCCGAGCGUUGUGGGAGGAUCAAAGAGGUGGCAUGCGGAAGUGUUUCGGCCACGGUGGCGUUCUCAUCUGGCAUGGUGGGGAGUUGGGGUGCAGCCUCCAUGCUUGGGACAAUCGCGCCGCCUGAGCACCUUCGUGAGACAGAUACAGAGCCGCGAAUACAGUGUUCAAAGCACGUGAUAGGUUUCAAUCAUAUUCCAGAAGAAAUUGUGGCGUUGCGGGCAGGUUCUUAUCACCAUCUUGCCAUCACAGCCGCCGGACAUGUGUAUUCGUGGGGCAUGGAUCGCAGUGGUUGUCUGGGGAACGGCCCCGGACACAGUGGUGGCAAAAUAUGCCUUAUUGACUCCUUGAUAGAACAUGUGGUUAUCGACGCUAGCUGUGGAUCAUUUCACUCUGCGGUGCUCACCAAGGAGGGAAUUGUGCUUGUUUUUGGAGAAAACAACUGCCAUCAGCUGGGGAUUAGCGGUGAGGCACCCCGUACAACCCCGGUGCAUCUUCCUUUGCCAAAGCGUGCCAUAGCAGUUUCCGGUGGACGGGAGCACACCUGUGUGCUGUUGGAGGAUGGCGAUCUCAUGUCAUGUGGGACACUUCGCUCCUGUGGCAUGGACUUGGGCUCUGGAGCACGGUUUAUUACCCCCCAACGAAUCUUCCGCGGCUACCUUGUCCUGUCCAUGGCAAGUAAGGCAACCCACGGCAUGGCGCUGGGCCUCCGUCGGUUGCUCUCUCUUCACCCUGUGGGGUUGUCAGCGGAAAUUUUGCCCAAGGGUGAACUAAUGCGAAUAAAUCAAGUUAUCCUACAACAAGGUGUCUGCGCUGUGGCGGUAGGAAAUGGGUUUCUGCUCAUCGUCACAGAGGCGGGGGAGGUGCACGCAAUUGGUCAAUCGCAGCGAGGCCAGUUGGGGACGGGAGACGUGACGACGGCUGCCUGCGCCAACACCUUUACGAAGGUUGCCCUACCCGAGCAGGUGGUGUUGGUCGGACUUGACUGUGGUGCCGAUUACGUCAUUGGCAUCGGCAGUCGCUGUGGUGUGUAUAGCUGGGGAUGGAACUCGCAUGGGCAACUUGGGCACGGUGACUCUGUGCCGCUUCAUGAAUCCGUUUUCACUCCAAGAGAGAUUGCGGCGUUGCGCUCGAGGCAGGUUGUUCAGGUGGCAUGUGGUGGCACAUUCGCCGUGGCCCUCACACAUGACGGUGAGGUUUACACCUGGGGAGAAGCUCUCUACUGUGGCCACGGCGAUGUCGAACCCCCGUGCGUAACGACCCCGCGGCUUCUUGAAGUGCUGAGCGACGUUGUCGCGGUGGCGGCGGGUGUCUCACACACCGUGGCGCUUACCUGCAACCAUCGAAUCUAUGCCUGGGGAAAAGGUCCACUGGGGGACGGAGGCUCAUUCAGUACGGUUGCGUCCACCCCCGUGGCGUUGGUGUUUGCCCACGGCGUGCGGCAGCUGGGGUGUGGGCCGUUCAACACCUUCGCAAUCACCGACGUUGGGGACCUCUUCGUCUGGGGCUCGAACGCCAAUGGGCAGUGCGGCGUGCCGCAGCGUGGCGAUUCCCACCCACCCCUGACGAGCGGCUCUGGCUCCCUCGCUCCGCGGAGUCGGGGGCGGCAGCGAGCGUCGUCGUCCUCCUCGUCCUCCUCGUCGGAGGUGUUGUUUCCGACGCGGGUGGCCUCGGAGGUGCGUGACGCCGCGUUUGGUGCGUUGUGCGGCGUCGUCAUCAAAGAGGACGGCAGCGGCGCGGUCGCCGGCGAGGUGCACCAGGCGGACAGGACGAUGUGCUUCCAGAGAUUUACCCCGCAGCGGCUGUCGGCGGUGCCGCGAGACAAGAGCCGCGCCGGCGACCCGCCCGCGUUUGUGGAGGGCGAUUCCGCGCAGGUGUGCCUCUCUCGCUGCUUCCGCGGCGGCGACGGGGUGCUCGCCGUGCUGGAGUGGGGCCGCCCAGGCGCGGCGCAGGUGGCGAGGGCCAUUAGCAACUUGAAGACGUGUUUCCAGUCCCCCGAGAAGGCGAACUGCGGCGUGCAGCGGGAGGGAUAG